GUAACGACUCUGCUCUUGUUUUUACGCCCAAAAAAGUUGGCCACCCGAAUCACAGCUGCCGGGUCGCCCAUCUUCCUCCGCGCUUCCACUUUUACCUCUGACCUUCAUCUGCUUCUUCUUCCUCUUUCUUAUAUGCACUUGAAUUAAGAAUGACGAAGAGCGAAGAAAUGAACAGCGAUCAGCAAAUGCAGCACUCUAGCACCGAACUGCCGCCGUCUCCGGCGGAGACUCUAAACGAAAUCAGCCUCCUCCUCUCGCAGCUUUUAGCUUCCUCUCUCUCCAUCAAGUCCUUCACCUCUCGCUGGCAGGUUCUCCGGUCCAAGCUUUCCACCAUCAAGUGCCUUAUCUCUGAAGUAUCAGACUCUCCUCACUGGUCGGAAAAUGCCCUCCUCCCCAUGCUUCUCCCCAAUCUCCUUUCUACUCUCCUCCGGGUCAAAACGCUCUGCCUCCACUGCUCCGACCCUGCCUUUGUCCCCGGAAAGCUUCUGAUGCAGUCGGACCUCGACAUGGCCGCCGGCUGGCUCUCCAACCUGAUUAACCAACUUGACGUGCUCUGCCGCUCCGGCGUCCUCCGUAAGUCCACCGCAAUCGUCCUCUCCCACCCCUCCUCCACCUCAAUUCGGGAGGAUUUAGUCCUGUUUGUCAGAGACCUCUUCACUCGCCUCCAGAUCGGCGGCGUCGAGUUCAAGAUGAAGGCAUUGGAGUCACUCGUUCAGCUUCUCACCGAUUACGAGAAAUCUGCCACGGUUGUGGCUCAGGAAGGGAAUAUCGGAUGCUUAAUCAAUCUUAUGGACUCCAACGCCGAUCAUCCAAUUCGUGAGCAGGCCGUUAUCGCCGUUUCGAUGCUGGUUUCUGAUUGCGAUCUGGCGUGCAAGUGUGUGUUUGAAGAAGGCGGGUUGGGACCACUACUUAGGAUGCUCGAUUCCGAAUCGGUUGCCGUUAAGGAGAGGGCCGCCAUGGCUGUGGAGUGCAUCACAAGUGCUCGAGAAAAUGCAUGGGCGAUCUCAGCCUAUGGAGGAGUCCCUGCCCUAAUUGACCUCUGUAAAUCGAUGUCCGUUUCAGCACAAAUUCAUGGCGUCGGAGCAAUCCGAAACGUAUCAGUCAACGAAGAUGUUCGGAUUGCUUUAGCACAGGAAGGUGUUAUUCCCGUUUUGCUGCAAUUACUAAUCUCAGGCAAGGCCUCGGCCCAAAAUAAGGCGGCGAAUUGCUUGGCAAUCAUGGCUUCUUCUGGUGAAUAUUACUGCGAUUUGUUACUCAAUGAAAACGCGCUCCAGAUUUUGCUUCGAUUUUUGUUACAAGAAUCUUCAAAUUCGGAUACUUCCGGAUACGUUUUGCAGGCGAUUUAUUCUCUUUCAACUUUCGAUGAUUUAACAUCAAAACAUCUCGGAUCAUCAUCCAACUUUAUCAUCAAAUUAGCAGAUCUUAUCAAGCACGGAAACCUCAUGACACAGUACACCUCUGCUUCAUUGCUUGCGAAUCUGGAGAUCAGUGACAGGGACAAGAGGGAAAUUUCUGGUUGUAUGUAUGGACUGGUGAAGUUAAUGGAUUCUUCCAAGCCCGAUGGGAUGCAGGAGAUAGCGACAAAUGCAUUGGUCUCCUUGUUGACCGCAAAGUCAAACCGUGAGGGAUUUGUUAGGGAUGAAAAGAGUUUAAUGAAGCUUUCUCAGAUGCUGGAUCCGGAGAACGAUUUGGUGUCGAAGAAGUUUCCGGUGGCGGUGGUGUCAGCAAUCAUGGCAGGAUGGUGGAGCAAGGGCCGCCGGAAGAUGCUCGUGGCGGCCGGAGUUAAUGCACAUUUGCAGAGGCUCUCGGAGAUGGAGAUCGUUGGGGCCAAAAAGGCAUUACAGAGACUCUCAGGGAGCAGAUUGAAAAAAAUAUUUACCCGGUUUCAAUCAUGUUUACCCGGGUAUGAAGGAGUAAAUGGAGGGGGAGUAUAAAAAUAAAAUAAAAAAGCUUCCAACUAACACUUCCCAAGAGAGGUCAUUGUUUCAUAGAUGAUGAAAAAUUGAUAGUUCAACUAGAAAUUACUGUUUCCUUCAACCCCAUUUCUUUGUGAUAAAAAAGGAAUAUGUAAAGCUCUUCCUUAAUGAGAUUAUGGUUAUGUUUGGCAACUUCUGUCUUUUAUGUUCAAGUCUCUAAAAACUUUUAAUGUAUGUAAUGACACUUUUUA